AUGGAUGCUGUUUUAAGCCUAGAAGCCGAUAUCAGGAAAGCUCAGACAAAUAAAGAAGUACAGUGGUUCAGUGUGUACAUCCAUCAGCGCCUUUUCGCUGCCUGGAAGCUGCUCUGGGGAUCGCUGAACACAGGGACGAGCCUCAUACUCCAUCAGCCGUGGCUACGGGUAACAGGAUGGCCGUGUGUUUUCGCUGCUGGUAAGAAAUACCAAAUUGACCUGCCAGUAGUCCACGAGAAAGACCUUGAUGAACAGUUUGUUCGUGGAUCUGGUCCAGGAGGACAAGCCACCAACAAAACCAGCAACUGCGUGGUGCUCAGGCAUAUUCCCACGGGUAUCGUCGUAAAGUGUCACCAGACCAGAUCGGUGGAUUUGAACAGAAAACGAGCACGGGAGAUUUUACGCGAGAAACUGGAAAUUGCGUAUAAGGGUGAGGAAAGUGAACUGCUGAAAAUGAAAAAGGAAUCCAUACAGAGGAAACAGGAAAAACGGCAAAAAGUAAAUGAAAACAUGGAAAAAAAGAGACGAUUCAAGGAGAUGCUGUACUCAGACCAAGAAGAUGACAAAUGCUGAGGAGCACAUGAUUUAUACAGUGUAUUAUACACUGUGGACAAGACCGCUUUAACAGUAUAUUCUGUAAAUUAAGAUAUUGGGGAAGAUAUUUGGAGAACUGGAUACAGUGCUUGGCUCUGUUAUAGCAAUUAACCUUUAACUUUGUGUUUGAUAAAAAUUUUCAAGUUUGUAAGCAAAUUGCUCUUAUGUCCCUGGUUUUGUUGAAGUGAAAACUAAGGUUUCUGUAAAGUGAGAGGCCAUAGCUUGUUGAGUACAUAACAUCUGGUUAAUAAACAAAGAUGCAAAG